AUGAAAAUUGAUGUUCAUCCAGCCUCAUUAAUUUAUUUAUAUGCCACCAAUUCAAUCACCAAUGAUAUAUUACAAUCACUGUUGAUCUUAUUAGUUAAAUUAAUAAACAAUGAUAUAUUAUAUGAUGAACAAGAAGAGAUCAUUGUGAUACCGACUUUAAUUGAUCUAUGUUAUAAUAUUCAUAAACAACAACAAUCAUCACAAUCUUCUUCUAUUCAAUUACAGAAAUCAUUACUUGAAUUACUAUGGAAUAUUCAAUCAAUUGAACAUUUGGAUGAUUGGUUAGAUAAGUUGUUUGGAAUGUUGGUUGCUCCCAAUGUUUUAUUUAGUAAUAAGUCAAGUUCAGUGAAACAAUUAUCUAGUCGAUCAUUAUUUGGAUCUUUUAUUUAUAAAAUUGUUACUUCUUAUCGAUUAUUAAAAUUUGAUGAAAGUUUUGUAUUGUAUGAAUCAUUUGUUGAAUAUCGAGAAUUGACUAGAGAGUUGUAUGAGAGUUAUGGUGGGAUUAUUCCUAACAAUGAACCGCUAGCACCACAGCAGCAAAAUAAAGGGAAGCCAGAAGAUCAGGAUCAAGAAUUAUUCAAUCAAUUGAAUCAACAAUUACAAUCCACUAUUGGAAUUAAUAUCCCCAAUCAAUCGAUGAAUGAUAGUAACCACAACCUGGGUGAAACAUUAAUACCUGUCCCCAACCAUGAUUUACAAGUAUUAUUGGAUAAUCAAAUAAAUUUAUUGGAAAAUUAUGGUACUCCAACUCCAAAAUUACUUAAAGAUAUAAUGGAAUUAAUGACCUCUCCUAAUUCAAAUAUGUUUCGUAUUCAAAAUAUCACCUUCAAUAAUCUUCCAUCAUAUUAUUAUAUUAAAUAUCUAGAAUGUCUCCAAUCAUCCAAUUAUAAUGGUGCUUUUGAAUCCCUACAUCAAUAUUUCGAUUAUAUGGUUUCCAACAACUCGAAAUAUUUCUAUCAUUUCGCCUUGGUUUCCCGAGCAAGUCUACAUCAAUUCUUUGGAGAAGAUGAUAAAGCCAUGGAUGCAAUUGAAGAGGCUAUAUCGGUAGCUAGGGAAAAUAAAGAUAAUUCAACAUUAACAUAUAUCUUAUCUUGGUUAUUCAAUUUCAUGAAGAAUAAACCGGAAUUAUGGAAUCGUCAAAAAUUCUAUAAUACGAGGAAUAAUUCCCAUUUAUUGGAUUUCUUAAUUAGUAAAUCCCGUCUGGUUUCAUUACUGUUAUAUUCCAUGAGUUAUAAUUUCGAAACGUUACAGAUUAUGAAUAGUGGUAGUAGUGGGGGGAUUGAUCAAUAUAUGACGAGUUUAUUGAAGGCGAUCUAUAUAUCGGUGAAUGAUGUGAAACCGACAUUUGUAAAACUGGCAGAAGUUGCUGCUUGUGUGUGGGCAAGAAUUGGGAAUCCGAUCUUGAAUGAUGAUGAUGAUGAUAUUGAGGUUGCAUAUGAGAAUUUGGAGAAAUUGAAGGCGGGGGUUAUUGAUGUUGACCAUUCGUUGUAUAAUUCAUUACAGACAAGAAGUUUAAUUAUGUUGAUUAAGAUGAAUUUAAUGAAGGGAAGAUUCCGAAUCUCCCAAGAAAUUAUUCAAGUUUUAUUAGAUAAUGAAAUUCGAGAUAUUGAACUCAAACAUGAAUUCAUUGCUUUACAAAUUGAAACUCAGAUAUGUUUAGAAAACUACAAUGAUGCAUUGAAAUUAAUUUCUAAUACAAUUUCAAAUACUGAUAAUUUAUUUCUUACAAUUCGAUUAAAUUUAUUAAAAUCUUCAAUAUUCAAUCAAUCAGGAAAUCAUUCCCGAGUUAUUUCAACCACAAUCCAACAAAUCCAAUUAGCCCACAAGAGUGGAUUCAUGCCAUUAAUAAUCGAAGGAUUAAUCAUCCUAUGUGGGUCAUUUAACGCUUUGGGUGAAUACCAAGAUUCCAUUGACAUUUUCAAACUGAUAAUGCCCCGGGUUCUUGCCAUGAAUAAUCGGGAAUAUAUAUCUCGGGCAUAUUUCGAAUUAAGUCAAGCAUGGUUUGGGAAAUAUCGACAACAACAGCAAUCACAAAGAAAUGAAAAAUUGUUUGGAAGGGCGUUGAGGUUUAACUUAAAUACAUAA